UUACAGCGCGAAGAACGGGUUUCCCUUUCCCCAUCUCUUUCACUCUCGAAUGGGCCCGGGUGUCGAGCGCGAACACUCCGACGCGCUACCCCCUUUCGUUGCGAUCUUAUUUGUUCCAGCCACCUGCGCCUUCCACCCGACCCGCCAAGCCGGGCUCCUAUUAUUGUGGUUUAGCAAGUUCGCCAUCAUCAUCAGCAUCAUCAUCAACAUCAUCAUCGUCACCAAUCGCGCGCGCUAAGCUCGCGGACCCCGUCGGCCGCCCUCGGUGCGAACAGCGCGUGUUGAGUGGUGGUCGUCUAGUCCCCGUCGGCAUUUUCCGGUCGCCAUUCCGUUACUGUUGCUCCGUGCAUUCGGACCGCAAAGUGGUGCCUCUGCUGCUGUUUCUCCGGUCGCCGGUAGUAGGUGUUCUUACCGGACAGAGGAUAGAGAGUGUGCGAGGUUUUUUGGUGGCCUUUUAGGGGAAGGGGGUGGCGUGUAGCCCAAGUGACGGCCUCUAGGUGACGACGAAUUCCGAGCUCGCUCGCUUGCAAAGUCGCUCGCGGUGGCUGCGCGGCGGUGACGAAAGAGAAAGCGCUCUAGAAGGAGAACGGGCAACGGGCCACACAGCUCACACCCAAAAGCACGUAGCACAUACCACACAAGCAUUCAUUGUAGCAGCAAACAGCAACAAACAACAAAAAAAAGGGAAAGUCGUCCAAAGUCGUCGCCGACUACACGGAGCCUGCCACGGAGGUGGCUGAUCGGUGGUUCCAGCGCAGCAACAGCGAACAGCAGCGGAUCAAAUAGCGGACCAAAUCCGACGACGCACCUCACCGAACAUGUACAUCGGUGGUGUGGAAGGCGGCGCUACGCACUCGACGCUGGUCAUCUGUGAUGCGUCGGGUGCGGUUGUUGGGCGGGCGAAGGGCCCGAGCACGAACCAUUGGGCGGUCGGUAUAGCUGGUGUCGCCGAGCGCAUUGCGGCGAUGGUACGGACCGCGAAGCAGGAGGCACAGCUACCGGACGACCAGCAGCUAACCGCGAUCGGGCUCUGUCUGAGCGGGGCCGAAGCGGACGAUACGAACCGGGAGCUGGAGGAGUACCUGCGAACGCACUAUCCGACGGUGGCCGAACGGUACGUCGUGUGCAGUGACACGAUCGGCAGCAUCCAGGCGGUGUCACGGUUCGGCGGAAUGGUCAUCAUCGCUGGCACCGGUUCCAACACGCUGCUGCGCAACCCGGACGGUAGCACGCACGGUUGCGGUGGCUGGGGACACAUGAUCGGUGACGAGGGUGGUGCUUGGUGGAUCUCUCGCAACGCGAUCAAGACGGUGUUUGACCAUCUGGAUAACCUGCUGCCGAGCAGGCUGGCGAUCGAUCGCGUGUGGGAGCUGAUCCAGGAGCACUUUGGCGUGCGAACGCAGCACGAUCUGCUCGACCAUUGCUAUGGACGGUUCUGCAAGACGACCUACGCCGGCCUGUGUGCCAAGCUGGCACGCUGCGCCAUCGAGGAGACCAAUCCACUCUGCCGAGCCCUGUUCGAGGAUGCGGGCCGGCUACUGGCCCGCUCGGUGUGCGCUCUUCAGCAGCGCAUCUCGCCCGAACUGCUCGAUCACGGUGGCGAGCUCGGUGUUGCGUGCGUCGGUUCGGUCUGGUUAAGCUGGGAGCUGCUGCGGCCCGGGUUCGUGCGCGAGCUGCACGACCGACGCUUCCCGUACGAUCUGCGGCUGCUACGCCUGAAGACAACGAUGGCGCUCGGUGCCGCCUACCUGGCGGCCGACACGUACGAGCUACCGCUACCGCGCAACUACAGCGACAACUACGACGUGUUCUACACGCACCGGGUGUUAGCCGGUACCAACGGUGCCAAUGGCAGCAAGUAGAGCCGCAACUGCUUGGGAGAUGGAGCGAGCGAGCGUUCGCGAUGAGAUAUGAAAUUGGCUAUGAUUUGACACGUUCUUCCCAUCCGGUUCUAUUCUUUUCGGUUUCCUUAGAGAUCCUAUUGGUUGAUCUGCCGUUGUACCAGCACCAUUGACCAAUUGGUGGUCAAUGAUUGAUGGCGAUGGGCCGCCGCUGUUGAACCGUCGCCGAGAGCUUGUGUUCUGUUUUGUUUUUUUGUUUUUUGUCAUAAAGUGAAAGUGAGGGAAAGAGAAAGAUUAGACGUAGCUAGGCUAGAAUAUGUAACGGUUAGUUAGCGCAGAAUCGCAGGAGAUAGCAGAGGAGACGCGUCUUUGCUGCGGCCCCAAACCAUUCCUACGGGUUUGCCGGUGUUCGACGCACGAAGCGCACGCACGUGAUUGAAUGAAGAGGCAGUAUUUGAAUUGAACGAAGUGGCAGUAGCUGCUUGUUUUUAAUGCAGAUGAAAUCAACAAAAUAAAUACGACGUCCAGGUAUA